GAACCACCACUCUACAGCAUUAAGUAGUGCUAAAGAGGCAGAGCAGAAGGGGACAGGUGAGCCUUUGUGCUCUCACCUGGCAUUUGAGAAGGGAGAGAUCUGCCUUUUGCUCAUAAUCCUGUCUGCUCGGUGGUAGCUCUUCAUCGGGCUUGUCUCUUCCUCAGUGUUUUUGGGGAACAUGACCUGCCAACACGAUUGCUGAAGGGGUAAGAGCGCUCUCGUUUUCUGUAUCUAAGUGAUUUAUGAUAUUCAUAAAAAUGUAAGAAAUGUUGCUCCCUUUAGCACUGCCCUUGUUCUCUCCAGUUCAUUGUCCCCCCCCCCUUUUAAACUUGUCAUUCAGUAUGAAGCGUUUCAGUUCUCUGAUUUAUGAAUAUGUUACAGCUGCUACUGAAAGAAAAUUAAAGUGUCCGCUGCAUUUAUUUGACAGGCAAUUAAAGUCAGGUUUUAUUUGUUCAGAUGCCUGUUUGGGCAGGAUGGGAGUAGAGAACCUGGUCUUCUGCAUUGAACUUUUUUUUUUUUUUUUGCACAUUGAAUUGCACAAUGAAAGGCCUCGUAAUCGUUCCAUUAUUUCUCUGCUGCUUUGUUCCACACCAGCAAGGAAUUUUAGAGGCUGUGACUUCGCUGCGCCUAAGGAGGGAUACACAGUGGGUGAAGCUGAGGGGGAACUGUCCUUUACCAGCAGCCAGUAAGUUUGUGCCUUCUUUUGUAAGCCAGUAAUUUGGAGGAACUGAUUUGCAACGCUUGAACAUGGAGAACCAGCAGAGUGCAAAGUUAGCCUGGGGAGACUGAGUCAUGGAGCAAAGUCUCCUAGAAUGCCCAGGUGGCCUGGAUUUUAACUGGCAUUGUUGGGUUGCCAUCAGAGUACUGGGGGAUGUGAGAAAGUAGAAUGUGUACAGCACCAUGAGUUCCUUGGAGAAAAGACAGGAAGUACAUGUCAAUCUUCAUUAUGUAUCUCCAAGGUGGUUCUUACAUAAACACGUGUUUGUCAGGGGAAUAUGCUUUGAGUAAGACAGCCUAGAAUCCUAGCAGGUGAAGGAGCCCCUUGCUAUUCUGACGUGCCCUAUAUAGGACUGCCCUUAAAGACAUUUUUGCGCCCUGUUUAAGCUGCUGGCUUUAGCUGUAAAGCCCUACACGAUUCGGCGUCUGCGUGCUUGCAGGACCAUCUCACCUGGGUAGAGUAGCUCAUCGCGUGUGCUACGGAGGGUCCCCAUCCCGUGGGAAGUUAUGAGAGGUAGGGGGCUGAGGGCAGGCCGUUUUAGCAGUUGCCCCCAUAUUAUGGAGUGAAGGAAUCCCCAACAUUCUUGCAUUUCAAAAGCUGUGAAGACUUUCCUGUCGCGGUGGGUGUUUGGUGGGGGGGGUUUUGUUUCCUUGUGUGAAUGUGUGUGUUUUGAAGGACAGCGGAGUUGGGUUGCUUUUUGUAAUUUUUAUUGUAUUUGAUUGUACUUUAUCGUUAUGUAAACUGCCUUGAAUUGUGAGAAAUUAGGCCAGUAUAGAACUGUUGAAUAUGUAAAUAGGCCGUCAGAUCCCACCCCUUGCUCAGGGCAGACUCCACCUUGAAGCCUCUGCUUGAACCCCUCCAGGGAAGGGGGCUCCACCCCCCUGGCUCGCAGGCUCCCCCAGCCAACGGCAAUUCCUCUUUGGAAGCUUUUCCUGACAUUCCGUCGGAAUCUGCCUCCCGGUAGCUGAAACCGGGACGAGAGAGGACAGGUCCUGCCUCCUCCUGAGUGAAAUCCUUCCCCGUCUUUGGAGGGGGCUGUCCUCCCCCUCAGCCGUCUUUUCUCAAGCUUUAGGAGCCUCCACUCCUUCAGUUUCUCUUCUAGGGUUGACUUUCCUGGGCCUGCUCAGAUCCUGUUCCAGUUUCCCUGAAUCCUUGAAGUCUGAUACCUGGACACAGUCUUCAAGUGCGCAGAGGACCCAGGACCCCAUGUGCUAACAGCUGCCUGCCAUGCUGGCCUGCCUGCCAGGACCAGGCGACCUCUCCUUCCAGCUGCUUUCUUACCCGCAGAUGAACGCUGGGCUUCAGAAAUGGGACACUACACAGAAAAUGAGAGCCGCACAGCACCCUACUCCAGCAGAGUUGGACGCGUAUGCUAAGAAGGUAGCCAACCAUCCUCUGACGAUCAAAAUUUUCCCCAACAGCAUCAAGGUCCCUCAGCGGAAACACAUUCGCCGUACUGUGAACGGGCUGGACACUUCCGGGCAGAGGUACAGCCCUUACCCGCCGUCGCAGGCUGCUGUGAAAACAGGCCUCCUGGCCAUAGUUCGGUCCCCGGCCAAAGGGGUCAUCAAGGACUUUGACGGGAAGCGGACGCGCCUGCUGCCGGAAGCCACGAUGAAUCCCCCCUCGGCCCCCUACGCGGCACCCAGCACUUUAGGCCACCCCCAGGCACUAGCCCUGCAGCAGCUGCACCCUCUGGGGGUCCCCCCCGCCCUGCAGCAGCACGCGCAGAACACAGCCCACCCCGCCCUGCAGCAGCUGCAGCGCCCCGCCAACCACUUGCUGCCGCAGCAGCCUCAACCCCCGCCACUCGCAGGCAUGCACGGGGGCAGGAAGAUUGCAGACGCCGACGCCCCCCCGAAUGUGACCGUCUCUACCUCAACGAUCCCGCUGUCCAUGGCUGCGACCCUGCAGCAGAACCCGCCCCCGGACCUGAGCAGCAUCGUGCACCAGAUCCACCAGUUCUGCCAGGCCCGCACGGGCGCCAGCGCUACCUCAGUGUGCGAGGGACAGAUUGCCAACCCCAGCCCCAUCAGCCGCAACCUCCUGAUCAGCGCGAGCACCAGGGUAUCCGCUCACAACGUCCCCACGCCCCUGCCUUCCUGCGUGGUGAACCCUGGCGAGCACGCCACCCCCGUCCCACCCUCCGCUGCCGCCAUGGGGGUUCCCCUGGGGAGUGUGAACCGAGGUCCUCCUGCGUACCAAAGCGAAAUGAAGCAGGUAGCAGCCUGGAAUCAGCACCAGCUCGCCCACCUGCAGCAGAUGUGUGGCGAGGCCAUCGGCCCCGCCGGGCCCAUGGGGAAGCCCCCGAGCCGAGAGCUCCCCGGGCAGAGCUUUGCUGGCAAAGGGCCGGGCUACGCCCUGGAGUUGUGCCUGGCCCAGCCAUUCGGAGGGAAGCCUCCCCUGGAGAAGCCCACCCCCUCGCCUCCCAUCAACGGCUUGCCGGGCCCGGUGCCCUUCACCAACGGGCAUUAUUUCCAGCCCCUCUGGAACAACAUUCUGCCGACGCCCAACAGCGACAGCUCAGGCUCGCAGGACCUGCCCCUGCCUUUCCACGGGGGCGGGGGCGGGGGCGGAGGAGGAGGAGGAGGAGGAGGAUUGCAGACAAUGGGGGCAGCUGCCCUGGAGUGCACGGCCGCGCCCCACUGCCGAGCCGGGGCAGGUGCCCCCGGCCAGGGUGGCGUGAUGCAGACGAUGGAGUACUUAAGUGGGGACUUCCACCGCUCCUGCCUCCGAGAGCAGGGUGGGGCCGUGCUGAGCAAAGCCGCCCGCCCUCCCGGGAACCGAGUGCGCGAGCCCACGGAGAGCCGGAGCCUUCACCUUCAGCACCCGGGGUAUAGAUGAGGCGGCAGUGGCGGCGGCGGCGGCAGCAAGGUGACUUCACUCAGAGAAGGCAGUGAUCAUAGGGGUAGUUUGAAUUGGAAUUAAGAAGCCAGGCGCGUGGCUGUUUUCUAUUUAUCUUUUUUUAACUUGCAAACUUCUGUGAUCAUUAUCGCAAA